UCUUCACCUCCUCCGCUCGACCCGGAACUCUGAGGAUGGAGACGUCAGUGAAAGCAGCCGAGGUUCUGUUGUCCCCCCGACCCGAGGAGGCGUCGCCCCCGGCGACGGUGACAUCACACGGCCCCUUCGACCCCAUGGAGGAGUUCAGCCGGCGGCUGCAGGACAUCGUCGGCCAGAAAGUUGCUGAGGAGACGAUGGAGGAGGAGAACGCCGACCUCACCGGUGCCGUGGCGACAGACGUUUCCCUCGUCAGGAAGAGUCUGGACGCCGCGUCGUCCCCCGAGGACCAGCUGGAGGCGCUGCUGCGCAAGUACGCCGAGCUGGCGGCGGCGCGCCGCGGGGACGAGCAGCGGCUGCGGCGGCAGCAGCGGCAGCUGAGCGGGAGCACGGCGGCACGCAGCGAGCUGGAGGCGCUGUGCAGGGAGCUGCAGGCACACUACCAACUUAUGAGGGAGGAGACGCUGCUGCUUCGCCGCGAGGACGAGGACAAGAGGACGGAGAUCACGUCCCACUUCACGGACAUGCUGACGGAGAUCCAGGACCAGAUCCAGCAGCACAGCAACCGGAACCACAAGCUCUGCACCGAGAACCUGCACCUGACAGACAAGCUGGAGGGAUUAAUGGCCCAGUGUGAGAGGAGGGAGGAGAACCUGGAGAAGAUCGACAAGCACCGCGACGUGCAGCACAAGCUAACGGAGGCUAAGCUACAGCAGGCUAACGCUCAGCUAGCCGAGGCCGAGGCCCGACACAAGAGGGAGAAGGAAUACUUACUGGUUCAGGCUGCAGAGUGGAAGCUGCAGGCUCAAACACUCAGAGAGCAGGGGACUGUCAUGCAAACUCAGCUGGCCCUCUACGGCCAGAAGUUUGACGAGUUCCAGGCAACGCUGGGCAAGAGCAACGAGAUCUACGUUCGUUUCAAGAAGGAGAUGGAUAUCAUGUCAGAGAAAAUGAAGAAUCUGGAGAAGGAGUCGGACCUGUGGAAGCUGAGGUUUGAGAACUGCAACAAGGCUCUGACCGGCAUGAUUGAGGAGAGAACAGUGAAGGGUAAAGAGUACGAGCUGUUCGUGGUGAAGAUCCAUAAACUGGAGCAGCUGUGCCGGGCCCUGCAGGACGAGAGGACGGUUCUGUACGACAAGAUCAGGGAAGUCCGGCUCAGCGGCGCCGCCGUCCCCGCGGACGGGUCGGAGGGUUCUGUCGUCCCCGCGGCCGAGUCAGAGGGUUCUGAGAGUUCUGAGAGUCCGGCCCAACCCGGGUUCCUCACCUCCCAGGAGGUUCUGGACCUGGAGCGGGCCGACCCGGGCCUGACCGAGGACAUGGCCCGGCUGAGGCGGGAGCAGGCCCGGCUGGACGCCUUCGCCGCCUCCCUGCUGGGCCCGGCGGAACCGGAGCAGAACCAGAACCAGAACCCGGGGCUGCCCGACCCGGAACAAGAUCCGCUCGCUUCUUCCUUCGUCAAGUUCACCAGCAAAAGCCCGGUCCAGGAGGAUUCUGGUUCUGACCCGUCUCAGGCGGUUAAAUCCGAGGGGGAACAAAGUCCCCCCGAGCCCACUCCGAAGGCUCCGGAACCAGAACCAGAACCGGUGACACAUCCGGCCCAGGACGAGAUCCAGCCGGGUCCAGAACCAACACCGGAACCCGAGACGGGCGAGCCGGGUCCAGAACCGGGUCCAGAACCAGGUCCAGAACCGGGAGCACCGGAGGUUCUGACGGCCAGCGAGCCGGUCCAGCAGCAGAAACCAGCCGAGCCCACGCCGGUACCAGAACCAUCAGAGGAUGGGCCCAGACCGACCGGGUCGUCCAAGAAACAGGCGCAGAAGAAGAAGAAGAAGGGCGGGAAGAGCGCUAGCUAACUAGCUAGCUAAACAUGCUAGCUAAAGGUCCGGAGUGUGUGUGUGACGUAGAGAUAGAACCGGUACCGGGAGUCCCAGUUCCUGCUGAAGAGUUCCUGAUCCGGCGUUGGCGGAUGGACACGCCCACUGACACGCCCACCACGUGAUGUCCCAGUUUAGACUUAGAGAGUUAGAGUUUAGAACUUAUUCUAACGGGGGCGAGGAAAGACCCGGUCCAUCAUCCUGAGACCAGCUGAUGUUUCAGUACCGAGAACUACACGAUGUUAGAACCCCAAUAAAGUAAAGUUUUAUCAAA